UUUCCUGUUGUUUAUUUUUUCUUAUUCUAAUCCUUUUAUUAAUUUUGCAGAAUUAUAAAAUGUUUGAACGAGGCGCAUUAUUAAAUAAACUAUUUUUUACCAAGAUGUUGUUUCGGAAUUAUUCUGUUGCGGUUGCCCCCAAAAAGGUGGAGGUGUUUAUUGACGACAAAAAGAUUUUGGUUGAACCAGGAAUGACAAUACUUCAGGCAUGCGCAUUGGUUGGUGUAGAUAUUCCACGUUUCUGUUAUCAUGAUCGUCUCUCAAUUGCCGGGAAUUGCCGAAUGUGUUUAGUAGAAGUUGAAAAAUCAAUUAAACCUGUUGCAUCCUGUGCAAUGCCGGUUAUGCCUGGAAUGAAAGUCAAAACAAAUUCACCAGCUACAAAAAAGGCUCGUGAAGCUGUGAUGGAAUUUUUAUUGGUUAAUCAUCCUCUAGAUUGCCCGAUUUGCGACCAGGGAGGUGAGUGCGAUCUCCAGGAUCAGUCGAUGGCAUUUGGAUCGGACCGUAGUCGUCUUCAAGUUGCUUUUGACGAGAAAAGAGCGGUGGAAGACAAAGAUAUUGGGCCUUUAAUUAAAACAAUUAUGACUCGCUGUAUUCACUGUACUCGAUGCAUUCGUUUUGCUAAUGAAGUUGCUGGUGUUCCUGACCUUGGUUCUACCGGGCGUGGUUCUGAUAUGCAAGUUGGGACUUAUGUAGAAAAGUUAUUUGCCUCAGAAUUGUCUGGAAAUGUUAUUGAUUUAUGCCCAGUUGGCGCUUUGACUAGCAAACAAUAUAGUUUUAUUGCCCGUCCAUGGGAGACACGCAAAACUGAAAGUAUAGAUGUUAUGGAUGCUCUUGGAUCUAAUGUAGUUGUUUCUCAUCGUACCGGUGAAGUUCUACGAAUAAUACCGCGAAUGAAUGAUGAAAUAAAUGAGGAAUGGCUGUCAGAUAAAGGUCGGUUUAUUUGUGAUGGAUUAAAAUUGCAAAGAUUGCUGCAACCGAUGAUUAAAAAUGACCAAGGAGUUUUAAUACCUUGUAAUUGGGAAGAAGCACUUUUUAUGAGUGCCCAAAAACUUCGUCAAACUCCACCUAGCGCCAUUGCUUGUCUUGCUGGUUCUUUAGUUGAUACAGAAGGGUUGUUGGCACUAAAAGAUUUGUUAAAUCGUUUUGACAGUGAAAAUAUUUUUAGUGAAGGUGAAUUACCAAAUUCGUGUGGAGGAAUUGAUUUGAGGUUUUCUUUUAACUCUCUCGCUUAUUUUUUCAUUUUAAGAUCAAAUUAUCUUUUCAACGACAAAAUUACUUCAAUAGAAAAUUGUGAUUUGCUUCUUCUUGUCGGUACAAAUCCUCGUUAUGAAGCUCCAGUUUUAAAUGCCAGAAUUCGCAAAGCUUUUAUUUAUUCUGAUAUGGAAAUUGGAGUGAUUGGAAGCAAUGUUGAUUUAACUUAUGAAUAUCAUUAUUUGGGGUCGAAUUCUUCUAUUUUGGAUGAUUUAAUUGAUGGAAAAAAUGCGUUUUUUAAAAAAUUGUUGGCAGCACAAAACCCUUUAAUUAUUGUUGGAUCGCAAGCACUUGAAGGUAAUGGUACUGAUAUGCUGCAUUGUAAAUUACAACAAUUGGCUCAAAUUAUUCAAAAUAAAUUAUCGGAACGCAAAAUUGAUUCGCCGCCGAAAAUUCUAAAUGUUUUGCAUGGAAAUGCUAGUCAAGUUGCUUCUUUUGAUCUCGGUUAUAAGCCCUUUAAUCUUUUUGAUUCAAAACUGAAGAAAUCAAUAAAACUGCUUUAUUUGUUUGGUGCAGAUGAUAAACACAUUUCUAAAAAAGAUUUUCACGAAGACGUUUUUGUUAUUUAUCAAGGUCAUCAUGGUGAUUCGGGAGCAGAAAUUGCUGAUAUAAUUUUGCCUGGAGCUGCAUAUACAGAAAAGGAGGCUACAUGGGUAAAUACUGAAGGACGACCUCAGCGAGGUUAUCCUGCUGUUACACCACCUGGAGAUGCUCGUGUGGAUUGGAAGAUUAUUAGGGCAUUAAGUGAAGUGGCCGGUAAAAAAUUGCCUUACGACACAAUUACUGAAACUCGACAACGUUUAUCAGAGGUAGCUCCACAUCUGUCUCGCUAUGGUCAAGUUGAAGACGCAAAUUUCUUUCGACAGGCUUUUACUCUUUCAAAAGAAGAAGCAGCAAAGACAACGCAUCAACCAAAAAGUUUGGAACCGAAGCAACAGUCUUUGCCUGAUUUUUGGUUAACAAAUUCAAUUACUAGAGCAUCUCCAACAAUGGUCCAAUGUGUAAAAGCAUCUAAGGAAUAUGCUGUUCAGCCACAUACAGACCCGCUAAGGCUUAAAUGCCUUUCUGCAUAG